AUGCGUGUUGUUCGUCUGUAUCUUUUUUGUUCACGCCGUCUCUCUCCUCUCUCGUUUCUCUCGUUUCUUUUGUUUAUGUAUGUCUGGUCGCUCGCUCGCUCGCUGCUUUAUCCUACUUGCUACUACAUGCUCCCUCGCGCUUAUUUACAUCUGUACUCCACAUCUCGCCAUCCGUCUUUCUCGCUCGCUCGACCCGCACCCACGCUCACGCGCGCUACGCACAUACGUGUCCAUCGUGUCGUUAUACUCGUACAAACACAAAUACAAACCAACGCAUACAGUCAGGUCAUGAGCGCCGCGAGAAGCUCCAGUGCCGAGGCUCGCUCGAGGGAUCUGGGAACCCGCACACAGCCGCACAUGCGCGUGCGCGGGGACCGUAUGCGUACAGUACAGUACGCGGCGAGGCGUGCCUGUCUUAUGGGCCUGUUCGACUCGGUGCCCCAGGGUGCCUCUGGCAGUGAGCGUCGCGCGUGA